AUGGAGUUCUGCAACAUAUUGAGUUGGAAUGUUAGAGGAUUAAAUAAGAAGAAUAAGAAGAUGUCAAUACUUGAUGUCUGUCGUUUGAAUAAAUUUGGAAUUGGGGCUCUCCUUGAAACAAAAGUCAAGGGAGAGAUGCUCAAGGAAGUUAUGUGUUCUACAUUUGUUGGUUGGGAUUAUUAUAGUAGUUUGCGAUUGGAGGGUAGAAUUUUAUUGAUUUGGAAGGCUAGCUGGGUUCGUAUUGAAGCUAUCCAAGAAAAUGACCAAUUUUUCAAUUGUAGAGUUCGAAUAUGUAACACUAAUCAAGAUUUUUGUCUUACUGUUGUGUAUGGAUCAAAUCAGUUGGAGGCUAGGAGGUCUCUUAGGUAUGAUUUGGCUCAUUUUAUUUUUCCAGUCAAACCUUGGGUCGUCUUAGGUGACUUUAAUGCUAUUUUUGACCCUAAUGAUAGAGUGGGUGGGAGGCCUAUUUCGGUGAAAGAACUAGAAGAUGCUAGACAGUGGCUUGACCUUUGUUUGGUGGAAGAAUUGAAGAUAAUGGGAUCUUACUAUAUGUGGUCUAACAAUCAGGAAGGGGGGAAUCGUAUUUACUCUAAGUUGGAUAGGAUGUUCUCUAAUGAGGACUGGUUGGACUCCUUUCCUAAUGUUACUGCUGUUUCUCACUGGGAGGUGGUUUCAGACCACUGUGUUAUUCUUCUUAAGCAAGUAGCAGUUAAAAAUGUGGGGGUUCAACCUUCUCGUUUCUAUAAUAUGUGGGCAUCUCAUCCUCAAUUCAGGACAACUGUUUUGGACAACUGGUCCAAGCCUUUAAAAGUUGAGGGAUGUGGCUUGGAGCAGGCAAAAUCUAAUCUCUAUAAUGACCCGAAUAAUAGUUGUUUGUGUGCUGAAGAAAGAACAACUUUUCUGGAGUUUAAGAGACAGGAGAAACUUUAUGCCAGUUUUAUUUCUCAAAAGAGAAAGAUUGAUUGGCUUCAUUUUGGUGAUGAAAAUUCCUCUUUUAUUCAUGCUAGUCUGAAGAAAAGAAAAGUUGCUAAUAGGAUUGUUAAAGCUUCAGGUUAUAUUGACCCUAUCACUAUUGCUCUUGGUCUGGUUUUGAAUUUUGAUGCCCAACUGGAGUUGAUCAAACCGUUUUCCAUUCUAGAUGUUAAAUCUGCUAUGUUCAGUAUUAAGUCUAUAAAGAGCCAUGGCCCUGAUGGCUUUGGGUCUAGUUUCUUCAAAGCAUUAUGGAAAGAUAUAGGCAAGGAGGUGUCCCUGGCAGUGCUUGACAUUUUUGAAUCUGGUUAUGCUCCUAAGUUUUUGAACAAUACUAUCUUAGUCUCAUACCUAUGGUUGAUUAUUCUGCUAAUGCUGCUGACUAUAGGCCUAUUGCGUGCUGGAGCUUUUAUACAACAUAGAUCUCUUGCAUGUACUGUUCUCAUUCUUCAAGACCUAAUUAAGGGUUACAAUAGGAAACAUUGUUCUCCUCGGUGCUUGAUGAAGAUUGACAUUAAUAAAGCUUAUGACUCCAUAGAUUGGGACUUCUUGGAGAAUCUUUUGAAAGCACUUAGGUUUCCUGGUCGAUUUAUCAGAUGGAUCAUGGUCUGUCUAAGAAGAACUACCUACCGUUUGAUGAUGAAUGGUCGAAUUCAAGGUUGUUUUCAGGGUGGUAAAGGGCUUCGACAAGGUGACCCUAUCUCCUCAAUGCUCUUUGUUAUAGUGAUGGAAUACCUUACGCAUUUAUUGAUUAAAACUUCCAAGGAGAAAAACUUCAGAUUCCAUCCUUUAUGCAAAUCUUUAAACCUUAUUAGUCUUUGUUUUGGUGAUGAUUUACUACUGCUGGCUGAAGGGUUCUUUCCUCUGACAUAUCUAGGAGUUCCUUUGAGACCAACAAAAUGGAAGGCAAUUGAUUGGGAAUUCGCAAUUAUUGGAUGA